UUGAAGCGAACUUCGCUGCACCGAGUUUGACUAUAGAUGGGUUUGUCUUAGACCGGCAGAAAAAUUCUGUAAGCGUUGAAUCACAGCAUAUUGUAAACGUUGAAGUCAUCCUUGUCUAUUUUAGACUGUUUAAGGGAUUUACGACAACGAGCCGGAGCUGGCCACCUCCUCGUCAGUGCAACAAAAGCGCAUGCCACUGGAAAUGAUCGAGUAAUUCACGAGGUGUGUAUGAUGGCAGAGCUCCCAUCUGGACUGCUGGAGGCAUGUGUUGUGGUUGGAGCCCCCAGCGAUAAGAUUCAAGACAUACUUCAGAGUAAGUUAAAUGAUCCCCCACUUCUGGAAGCUGAGGUGCUGCAGGUCCAUGCCCCACCCUUUGUUUCCAAGGUGACCGACUCAAGCGAGGCUAUUGGUCCAGCUUUCAGCCAUGUCCAGAGGAGGAGGAGCUUCAUCAAGAGGAGGAAAGAUCGUGCUGCAGUGAAAUUAUCUAAUGGAGCCGGUCGUACUGAAGUGUCCUCAGCCACAGAGGACAUCAGUGUCCCAAAGGAUCUGGACCUCAUUGCUUUGCCACAGCUUUGUUUCCCUGAUGGUCUUCAGUUAGCCAGUGAGCAGAGAGAAGACAGUUAUCACUUCCUGGUUUUUACUGACGUCUUUGGGAACCGAACCCAUGGAGUCGUUGUGCAGUAUUACAGAGCUGCUCAGUCCUGUUUAGAAGGUGUUAUCCAGAGUAGCCGUAGGUGGAAUUCAUCAAAGACUCGUCUCUAUGUGCCCUUUGCUGUGUGUGUCAUUUCCAAGUUCCCCUACUACAGUGCGCUGAGAGACUGCUUGUCAUGUCUCACGGCCCAGUUACGGACUGCAAGACAAGCUCACUUUGAAGAGACGAUCAAGGAGUUUUCAGCCAAGCUAUCGCUGGUGCCCUUGCCACCUCCUGGACAAUUACAUGUGUCCUUCAGCCUCCAUCCUCUUCAGGUGGUUCUUCCAUCCAGGGAAGAUCAAGACAGUCCUGUUAUUGACAUUGAUCUGCAUCUACCUUUCCUCUGUUUCACGCACACAUCACUGCUCCAGGUACUAUCCUGCCUCCUCCAAGAACAGAGGAUGGUCUUCUUCUCAUCUGACUGGGCCAGACUCACUCUGGUUGCAGAGUGUUUCCUGCUCUACCUGCAGCCUCUGCCGUGGCAGCAGCCCUAUGUUCCCGUCCUAGCUAGAGGAAUGUUGGACUUCCUUAUGGCCCCUACUGCUUUCCUGAUGGGUUGUCACAGCAGUCAUUUUGAGGAGGUCGCUGCAGAGACAGAGGAUCUAAUCCUGGUGAAUAUUGAUGAUGGCCUCGUUCGUUCGUCAUGCUGUGAAACCACUGACCUACCAGCUAUCCCUCUGUCUGCAGCUGAGUGUUUCAUGUCAAGAGCAGAGUGUCUCCAGCUUCAUUAUGACUUGGAGCUGUGUCACCUUGGAACAGGCAUCGAUGCCAACGCCCUGCAAUGCCAGCGCAGAGAGUGGCAGAGACAACUGAAUGCACAGAUACAAAACAUCACCCUGGAACUAGUGGCCAACAUCUUCAGAGGCGUCCAGGACUUUCUAAACCAUGAGCACAGAGUUUUUAACAGUGAGAAUUUUCUGAGGACCCGGGACCAAGCAGACCAGUUGUUUUAUGAGAAGGUACACUCACACAUUUUCAUAUACAAAUAUGAAAACAUUUGUCUCGGUUUAGUGCACAACAUGCCCCCCCACUGUCGGUAUCAACCUCAAAAAUCUGUCUUCUGGUUCCAUUUGUGCAGGAACUGUACAAUGACAGAUUCUCCUUGGCGACCUCCCAUGUGUGAGCCAUCCAGGACUGGCUACAGCAGCUACACCAGCCCUAAUGACAGACUGAAUAAGAGGCUGGGAGCCAGCAUGCCUAACCUGGAGCAAACUGCCAGUGAUACUAUGACUGCCAUCAGUCUCAGAAAGAUGACUCCUGAUAUUGGGUUGAAGAAUCCUCAGAAAUUGGUGAAGGUUUUCCGUUUGCCAGACUUUCCCCCUACUUUGGCAUAUCAUUAUGUCCAGAAAUAUUAUUCCGACAUGGUGAUUUCACUGGGGAAGGCUAUUAACGCUACACCACCUGAUGAAUCUGCUCUGCUGGCCAGGUACCACUACCUGCGUGGUUUGGUAAACACUGUGUCAAAGAGGCGCCUGGAUGCACUGGAGGACUUCCAGAGUCUCUAUAAGACAGACUCUGAUAUCUUCCCAUCUCAGAUGGCCAAAUCACUGGUUGACUCGCUGCCAGAAGCUGAACGGCUACAGGCAGACAAACGACCAGAACUCAAACGACUCAUCAGUCGGCUGAAGAGGGACCAGGAGCGGGAACGUGCAUGCCACGGCAACAGUCAUGAGGAAGAUGCCGUGAAGCACUUCCAGCUGCCAAGCAAAUACAUGCAGCUGGAGGAGUUUGUGAAAUGUGUCCAAGAGUCUGGCAUUGUACAAGAUCAAGGAACCAUACACAGACUCUUUGAUGCUCUAACUGUUGGGCAUCAGAAGCAGGUUGGUCCAGACUUGUUCAGCGUGUUUUAUACCAUCUGGAAAGAGACGGAGGCUGAAGCUCAGGAGGUGUCCCUGCCUGCAUCUGUCUUGGAGCACAUUGACCCCAGCGAGUGUGUCUUCAAGCUGUCCUCCUCAGUCAAGACGAGCCGUGGCAUGGGGAAGAUCGCCAUGACUCGACGACGGCUGUUCCUUCUAACCGACGGACGACCAGGAUAUGUGGAAGUGGCACAGUACCGAGAUAUAGAGGAGGUGAAGGUGUCUUCCACUCCCUUCCUGCUCCUGCGAAUCCCCAGUCUGAAGCUGCGUGUUCGGGGAAGGAAGGAAGCCUUUGAGGCCAAUCUGAAAACAGAGACUGAACUCUGGAACCUGAUGAUUAAAGAGAUGUGGGCUGGACGCAGCAUGGCUGACCAGCACAAGGACCCCCAGUACAUGCAACAGGCUCUGACCAAUGCCUUGUUAAUGGACGCAGUAGUGGGCAGUCUUCAGAGCAGCAAAGCCAUCUACGCUGCUUCGAAGCUGGCUCACUUUGACCGCAUCAGGAUGGAAGUCCUGAUGAUGGUUCCCAAGACAACUGCAGAGAUGCUGAAGCACAAAAUUAACCCCUCACUGGAACUUGCUGCACCUCAGGCUGUAGAUGUGCUGCUAUACACACCAGGUCAGCUGUGGGUGUCUGUGUGUGGUGGGAAGGUGAUGGUGUUUGAUGUCUCCAGCUGGUCCCUCACACACACCUGUCAAGUUGGGAAUGCAAGACUGAACUGUAUGCUGGGCGUUGACAAUGACCAGGUGUGGAUGGGCUCUGAGGACUCUGUCAUCUACAUCAUCAGCAUGGUGGCCAUGGUCUGUAACAGACAGCUGACUGAACACAGGGCGGAGGUCACCGGACUGGCAUUUGACACAGAUAAAUACAGCCAGAAGGUGGCGUACUCCUGCAGCGCAGAGGGAACUGUGAUGGUGUGGGAUGUGCCAACUUUGCAGGUGAAGAAGCACUUCCGACUCUCCUGCGAUCACCUGCAGUCUGUCCACAGCCUCAACGGAACACUGUGGUGCUGCUUCUGGGACAGUAUAAUGGAGGUGUGGAGGAACGGCUCAUUGAAACAUCAACUGACACCACCUGAACCACAAAAAGGAUCCCCAGCUGCAUUCAGCUCCAUGCUGCUGUUACCUGAGAGGGAGGAGCUGUGGACUGUGUGCAUAGACUCGGGAGAAGUGUAUAUUUGGCACAUUAAGGACGCUACCAAACCGUUCCACAGCGUGGCUCUGCAGGACUGCACCAGAUGUUUCUGCAUGAUUAAAGUUAAAAAUCAGGUGUGGGUUGGUGGUGUAGGCCGCAGUUCAACCAAAGGGAAGAUUUAUAUCGUGGACACAGAGUCCCGCCAGGUACUGAAAGAGCUUCACGGCCACAACGACAAGGUGGUAGCCCUCUGCUCUGCUGAGGACCGGUACGUCCUCAGUGGAGCUGGCAAACUUGACGGAAAGAUCGCCAUCUGGAAGGUGGAGUAGCGAGGUUUACUGACUGAAAAUGGACAGAGUCCCUCUGUGGAUACUAUUCCAGGACAUCCCGUGAACUUGUUAAAGGACCCCAGGUGGAGAUUCUGUGGGAAAAGGAGCGAAGGUCUGUUUGGCAAAUAGAGUAAAAGGGAGGAAUAGAAGUCACAAUCUUGAUCUGCCUCUGCAUCACAGAUGUGAAGGAAUCACAUGUCAGUCAUGUGAAGCAACAAGUUUACAUAAAGUGUCACCAGCUGAGCAACUUCUCCAGCCUGUUAUGAAAUGGUGAUUUGCAGCAUUAGUAUGUUUUUUUUUUUUCUUAUAUGAAGGAUAAAUGUAGAAUGUAAAGAAAGGUCAUCUUGGGUUCUGCUGAAAUUGUUAUUAAUCUAAAGUGCCUUGAUUUUCUGAAGGUUUUUACAUUUGUACUAUUAACAAUAUAGUUAUUCCAUGUCUUAACAUACCCUAUUUAAUUUUAGGUUUAACCACACUAGAGUCAGGGGGGAACAGUGUGUGACUGAACCUCACCUCCCUCUUGUGUUUUUGAGGCUAAUCUCUACUGUUCCAAAGAGUCAGAUUACCCUGAAAACAAUACUCCCUCGACUUGGGAUUUCACCACUGCUGUGGGAAAGCCCUGAUAAGAGUUUGUUUUGACGAAUGUGAUGCUUUAAUGGACAGUGUAAGGUGGAGAGUGAAGGGAAACAUGACAAAAGGUGAUGCACGAUGAUGGGAGCUGCACACAAACUCAUAAAGUACAGCAACGUGUGUGUGUGGGAGCAUCUCCAGAGAAAUCAGUUUAGUCCUGCAACAACAAGAAUUUUUCAGUGAUUAAUAACAUAAUAUAAGUACUAAUCCCACAGUAGUGAGACCAGAUGCUUACGGCAUUGCUGGACAGUUUCUACAUUUUUUCUUUAUCUAUGCUACCAGGCACUUGGUUUUAACAGAGAGUGUAGCGAUAUGUUAAAUGUAAUAUGGCAAUAUGUUUUUAUAUGAAAACUGACAGAAGAUGUGAGG